AUGAUAAAUAAGAGUUGGAUUGACAAACCAAUAAAAUCAAAAGAGUUUAAAGAUGGGGUGGUCCAAUUUUUGGACUUUGCCUUUUCUAAUGCAGCAGUCAAUGGAAAAAUAUUGUGUCCUUGUAUUACAUGCGGAUUUAAUCUUUCGGGUAAUAGAGUUGAAGUAUUUGCUCAUCUCCUUCGAAGGGGAUUUCCUAGCAAGUACACCUUUUGGAAUAUGCAUGGGGAGAAACAUAUCCAACGCAAUGUUGAAUCAGAAGGCCAAGUAGAAACACCGCCAACUAGACAACGUCCAAUGCAAGAUAUGUUAAAUGAUGUCUUUGGUGUCUUAAUUGAUCAAGGAGUUCAAGAUCAUGGGCCAUCAAAUCCUUCUAAUAUCGAGGACCCCACAAGUACGGAGGAUAUAAGUAAUGAGGAGUUGAAAAAGAUUAAAGAUUUGAUGGAAGAUGGAAAUCAAGAACUCUAUCCUGGAUGCAUAAAACAUAGCAAACUAUCAUUCAUUGUUCGUCUCUACCAUAUAAAAAUUUUAUGUGGUGCCACAGAUAAAACAUUUUCGAUGCUUAUUGAACUUCUAAAUGAUGUUUUUCCCUUUGCUAAACUACCAACUUCUUUCUAUGAAGCAAAAAAGACGAUCAAGAGGAUAGGUUUGAGUUACAAUAAGAUUCAUGCUUGUCCAAAUCACUGCAUGUUGUAUUGGGGGUCAAAAGAGGAUGAGAAGAGAGAUGAAUGCAAGAUAUGUAAUACAUCUAGAUGGAAAGUAGAAGAAAAGGAUGGUUCUUCAAAUGGUGUAAGUGAUGGUACGAAAAAGAAACAAAAACCAGCAAAAAUAUUCCGAUACUUCCCACUUAUACCAAGGUUGCAAAGGUUGUACAUGUCUUCUAAAACUGCAGAGUUAUUGAAAUGGCAUGCUAUGGUGGCAAAUCCUGAUGGGUUGUUAAGGCAUCCUAGAGAUACUAAAGCAUGGAAAGAGUUCAAUUCAUUUUAUCCAGAAUUUGCGUUUGAUCCUCGUAAUGUCUGA